AUGAAUUACACCACAGGCUUCCAGAGAAAGGACCUGGAGCUCCUGAACGCUAUUUUGACUCUGAAUGGCUCUUUCCACGGAGCCGAGGACUUCGGGGGGGACGUUGUCCAGCACCAGAAUGGAGAAAUGGAGAGACUUCUGCUGCUAACAAUCAAGGAGCCAACUACUAUCGCACUCACCGUAAUGUAUUUGCUAGCGUUCCUGGUGGGCUUCAUCGGAAAUCUCAUGGCCAUUCGAAUGCUCACCUGCCAGAGGAGUAAUAGGAUGCAGAGCAUCAGUGCCACCCGGAGUUUACUCAUCAACCUGGCAGUGUGCGACCUGAUGGUGGUUUGCAUCUGCAUGCCUAUCACGCUCGGCCACACCAUUUACACCGCGUGGGUGUACGGAGACCUCCUGUGUAGAGCCGUUCCGUUCAUCCAGGCCGUGUCUGUUUCAGCCAGCGUUUUGAGUCUGACCGUCAUCAGUGUUAACAGAUACUACAGCGUUCACAGCCCGUUGAGUUCCCUCUCCUACUUCACGCAGAAGAAGAUCUACAUCACCAUUGUGUGCGUAUGGGUCCUGUCCUCUGCGAUCUGUGUGCCUCUGCUCUUCAUGAUCAAGCUGGAUAAGAUCCACCUGAUCGACAUCACCGUGCCCAUCUGCAGGGAGCUGUGGCCCCAGGCGAGACUCAAACAGUUGUACAACGUCCUCCUUUUCGUCGCUCUCUACUGCAUACCGGUGACCUUCAACCUGAUCAUCAGCUUCCUGACUGGCAGAAAGCUCUGGAGGCCUUCUCAACAUUUCGCCGACCUUGAUCCGCACAGCCAGGCCAUGUACACCUCGCGUCUGAAGAUGCGCAAAAAGAUCGCCAAGGUUGUGGUCACUUUGGUCCUCCUGUUCGCCGUCUCCUGGCUCCCUCUUUAUGUUGCGGAUAUCCUUAUCGACCGGGAGGUUCAUCCGCCUCACUGGGUUUUGCAGGCUCGUCCUUUUGCCCAGUGGUUGGGCCUCACUAAUUCCAGCCUCAAUCCCAUCUGCUAUUGCUUUUUGGGUGAUCUGUACCGUUCUGCCAGAGCAGUCAGGUCGAAGUAUCAUCAGAGGAUGCUCUCCGUCCUCAGAUCCUCCAGCUCUUUUAAACUGUCCAGUUUGCUGUCGAUCAAGAGCCAGCAAUCUGGCCGGCGCCAAGCUGCCGUGAGCCAGAUAUCGGUGGAGACACUGUCCGACUGGACUUCCAAUAACAACCAGAUGGUGUCUCUUCAAAGUCUCUCAGAGAGGACAGUGUAUAGUCCUAAUACUGAAUUGUCUAAACUAUAG